GGGAGCGGGAGGCGGAGGAGGCGGCGGUGGGGCUGGGGCGUGGAUGUUUGUCCUUGAGUGUGGUGUUGUCCAACCGGCGGUGGAGCCUUUGGGCCAUUCUUCCCCCUCCUCCCCCUUCCAUCUUCGACAAAAAACUGCAGAGGAGCUCCGGAGCCUUGAGGGACGGAUGGAAGAGGACUGGAGCCCCCACCCCCUGAGCCUUCCCCCCCACGGUGCAUGCAGUCUCUUCCAUUCCUCUGUUCCCCCCCGCCACGACACCGACCCUACCGUCCUCGCCCUCCUUGGCCCGCGGCCUGGAUCCGCCAUCUCCUGUGCUGCGGCGGCUGCUCCAGGCCCCCCGGGACAAGGAGGAGAGGGGCGUGAGGCGAAGCGCCGUGCCUGGAAGGUGCCGGUGACAAAGCUGGGGCCGUGGGGCUGCCCCACGCCGCAAACCGUCCCACGCUGGCUUCCCCUUCCCUCGAACUAUUGGUGCUACCUUGGCAGUUGUGCGGCCGCUUUCAGGUGGCCUGCUCCCUCCUCUUCCUCCUCCUCCUCCUCCGACAAUGACUCGGCCGCCGCCGCCCUGCUCCCCCCCGCCGACAAGGGGCUGGGGGCCCUGCACGGCCCCGCCGAGGCUCUGGCCAGCGCCGGCCCGAGGCUCCCCGGCUCGCCGCCGCCUCUCUUCAGCCGCUUCGUGUGCACGCCGCUGAGCGCCGAGUGCCCGGCGGCCACCGGCCCCGCGGCCACCGGCCCCGAGGAGCUGCUGGCCCUGCGCAGCGCCGCGGCCCAGCUCCGCCGCACGGCGCUGGAGCAGAAGGAGCGGAUCCGCAUGGACCAGGAGACCAUCCGCGAGCUCACCGGCAAGCUCAGCCGCUGCGAGGGGGGCUUACGGGCACCCCCGGCCCCCGCCGCCGGGCUCCGCGCCGCCCCGAGGCCCGGCACCAUGGGGCACCCCCCCGCCGAGCCGCCCGCCGUGAGGGAGCUGGAGGAGGCGGUGAGAGCCCUCCAGGACCGCAUCGACCGCAUCGAGCAGGAGCUGCCGGCCCGCACCAACGGCUCGGUGCCCACCGCCCCGGCGCUCGCCCGCGACGCGCUGCACACCAAGAUGGAGCAGCUGGAGGAGCAGCUCCUCUCCAAGAUCCUGACCCUGCAGAAGGAGCGGCAGGCCGCCAACACUGACCGCAGCCAGCAGCAGCACGACAUCGAGAAGGAGCUCAACUCCCUGCAGAGCCGGGUGGCAGAGCUGGAGCACGGAGCUCCAGGCUACAGCCCUCCCGACGCCUUCAAGGUGACCAUCCCGGUGCAGAACAACUACAUGUACGCCCGCAUGAAGAAGAGCCUGCCGGAGCUCUACGCCUUCACCAUCUGCAUGUGGCUCAAGUCCAAGGCCUUGGCGGGACUCGGCACCCCUUUCUCUUACUCCGUCCCGAGCCAAGCCAACGAGAUCGUGCUGCUGGAGUGGGGCACCAACCCCCUGGAGCUGCUCAUCAAUGACAAGGUCGCCCAGCUGCCGCUGAGCCUGAAGGACAAGGCCUGGCACCACAUCUGCGUGGCGUGGACCACCCGGGACGGCAAGUGGUCGGCGUACCAGGACGGCGAGCAGCGGGGCGCCGGCGAGAACCUGGCCUCGUGGCACGCCAUCAAGCCCCAGGGCGUCAUCAUCCUGGGCCAGGAGCAGGACACGCUGGGCGGCCGCUUCGACGCCACGCAGGCCUUCGUGGGGGAGCUGGCGCAGUUCGGCGUGUGGGACCACAUGCUGGCUCCGGCGGAGAUCCUGGCCUUGGCCAACUGCACCUCCCGCCUGCAGGGCAACGUCAUCCAGUGGGACGACCAGGCCGUGGAGGUCUUCGGGGGGGCCGGCAAGGGCGCCUUCACCGCCUGUGACGAGGGGAGGAAGGCGUGAGCGGCCCCCCCCAGCGCCGAGGUGCCCGCGGACGGCAGGACAAGCCCCUUUGUCCCCUCCCAGACCAGCCACCACCUCCACCACCGCAACGGGGCCAUGCUCCGUGCCCCCAUGGCAGC